AUGAACAGUGUCGUCGUCUCGAUUCUCGUAUUCGUUGCCACGCUGUGCGUCGUCUCGUCGGCGACGCCGCUCCUCUACAGAGCACCACAGAUGUACGACGACGUGCAGUUUGUGAAGCGCAGCAACGCCGAACUCAUCAACGGGCUUAUCGGAAUGGAUCUAGGAAAAUUGUCGGCAGUCGGCAAGCGGUCAAACGCCGAGCUCAUCAACGGCAUUCUGGGCAUGAACCUGAACAAGUUGAACAGCGCCGGACGAAGAUAA